GUGCAAGGCCCAUCCAUCGAAGUAUCGAAUGCAAACAUGACGACGGAUGGGUAUAUGGACUAUGCGCCAUUUGCGUCGUCCAAGUUCAACCCGACGUUUUACGCAAACGCCAUUCUAGCCGGAGAGCGGUACGACCCUGAAGAAACCCCGGAAGAUCCUGAAGGUGACAGUUUGAACGGCGUCGCGAAGAACAAGGACGAUGCAGCGUCGAAGAACGUUGGCUUUGGGGGCGCCGGGAACGGGUCGGGGACAGCGAGUCUAAGUGUCAAGGGAGACGUCUCGGUCGCUCUCGCCAAGUUGAACUACGGGAUAGAAGACGUCGAUCGACAGAUGAAGCAUGAGAUCGAAGAAAAUCACCCUCUCCUCCUCAAACACCUCGCUUCGUCCUCCACUCUCUCGUCCAAUGUGACCGCCAUUCAAUCGACUCUUACCACUUUGUCGGCCUCCCUCUCCCGGUUACAUACCAAGAUCCACCUCCCACAUUCCGAGUUGAAAGCCCAGGUGGAACGACUUGAAAAGAUUCGAUGUGCGAACGAAGUGUUGAGGCGAGUCAGCAGGUUUCUGGUCCUAGCGAGGAGGUUGGAAGGGCAGAUGGGUUUCGUCACAAACAAAAUUGAAGGGGGAAAGACUGGUGGGGGAGAUGGCAAGGAAGAUGGUAGUGGAGAAGGAGAAAGGGAGAGGGAAAUGGCCAAGGCGGCUCUGACCAUUGCUGAACUCGACAUCCUCUUGCAGGAACCGGAAUCACCUAAACCAGCGGUUACAUCCGAAACCGAUGCCGCACCCGUAGACCCAGUAGUAGAAGAGGCUAUCAUCCCACUAGAUCCGGAUCAAAUCGCUCUGACGAGUCUAGACGUGGUGAAAGCUCAAGUACCUGCAGUGAGGAGGGCGAGGGAUGUCGUCAUCGAAGAGAUGGAAGGCAUGGUCAUCAACGGGCUUGCCAACCUCAACCAACCCCUACUAUCCACCUCCCUGCAGACCGCACAUAAUCUGAGACUCUUGCCUCAGUUGGUAUCGAACCUGUUGGCAGACCUUAACGAUGCAGUGGAAACGAGGAUCGGCAAGGUGUUUGAUAUGGAGAGCAUAGGGAAAGAGGUCGCUCAGAAAGAGCAACCCUCGGCCGCUUCCGCUGCUACAUCAUUGCUCUACCGUUCGACGCGCCUGAAACCCUCGUCGACCCCGACUAACCAGAACAUCUCGAUCUUUCACGACGUCCUUUGGAGACGCUUGGACGUCUUGCUGGAAGACAUCGCUCAGUGUUGCAUCAAGGUGUAUACGCUAGAAAAGGUAUUGCGGAUGAAAAAAGUCGUCAAUCCCAACACUGGAUUCGGUCUAUCGGCAGGUGGAACUGGACUCGGAGAAGCUUCUGCUUCAGUGCUGGACGAGGUCAAGGAAGGGAGCUUUUUGGACGAGUGCCUGGAGACGAUGGAAGAGAAGCCGACCUUUACUUUCUGGACGACCUUGGCGACCAGUCUCGACACGCAGACGAGGGCUAUAUGUGAAGCAAACAACUUUUUGCAACAAGCACUCAGUUCCAACUAUCCCCGCUUCUUAAGGCUGUUUCACACCUUUUUCGCCAAGAUUGCCGUGCACACCGAGACCGUCUAUACGCAAGAGCAUCAGAGCCCCGAAACCGUCCUUUGCCUCCGAGCGAUCUCCAAAUUUGAAACGCUUUAUCUCUCACGCUCGUCGGCGCGCAUGACGGAUAGCAUCAACGCCGCGUUCUCGGGAGGCUAUAAACAGCCUCCUGGAUCGAAAGAAGGCAACUCAGUCUCGCGAAUCAUGCUCAACGAGAUGGACUCAGCGAAAUUUGAUCCGUUACUCGGGAGAAACAUGGCGAGGUUGAUCGGGAAGGCGGUCGAUGCAAUAACAGGGAAGGUGGAUAGUCUGCUCAUCAAGGACUUUUCGGCAACAUCGUUGAUUGGACCUCUGGCCAGCUCUGCGCAAGUCAACAACUCUGCUCUUGUCAGCUUUGUGUAUCACAUCGUGUACAGCCUGAGGAAUCCCUUCACGGAGUUCCCGUCCAAGAUCAUUGCCUCACUGGAAACCCCACUUCAGGCGGCCGAGAAAUGUUACGGAGCAGUCACCGCUGCACUCGACACCGCAAUCAAACGCGAAUUGAGCACCAUUUUUGCGAGGGUCCACAGGGUCGACUUUGCCAAGUCGGUAGAUCCCAUGAGUUCGAUGGGUAUGGGCGGUGGUACCGGUGGUAGUCCCUAUAUCAAGGAUUUGGCGGAUCGCUUGAACUUUUUGCGGACGGAGAUUCUGGGCCGCUUCGACAUGGGAGCGAUGCGAGACGAGUGGCUCCUUUCCCUGACCCGUCACGCUAUAAGAGCCUUCCUACUCAACGCCUCGAUCGCUCGUCCUCUAGGCGAAAGCGGCAAGCUCAAGCUAACGGGAGACAUGACGGAACUCGAAUUCGCACUGAACACGUUUUUGGCAACCGGACACACCUCUCGUCAGAACGCUACACGGCUCGACGCUGCCGGUCGCGACUACAAGAGCCUAAGAGCAUUCAGGACGUGCUUGUUCUUGGACCAUACAUCACUUGCCCAUCCCGCCGAGACUCAAGGAAUUGCCCCUCUCGUGCUUUUGCAUCACAUCAUUGUCCUGUCGCCGUUGCAACUGCCUCACCAGAUACACGAGUGGUCAGAGCAGGAAUAUAUUCUGUGGAUAGACAAACACUCGGAAGAGGAAGGCUGGCGACUUCUCGAAAAGGCUGUGGACGGGCAGAGGGACGGCAAAGGCGCCGAAGAGUGGAGAGGAUUGAUCAGGGAGGUUCUGCAGAAUGCGAGGAGCGGCAAGAUGAAGACGGAUUAG